ACGGCACAGACCCAGCAGGUGCCAUGGGUUGACCGACUGACGCACCAGCUGCGCUCCCCACUGUGCCAGGCUAGGUGCACAGGGGGGGCACGGCACAGACCUAGCAGGUGCCAUGGGUUGGCCGACUGACGCUGGUGCGAGCGGUGCCCGCUGACGUCGUUGCUACGAAGUCCUCGCACCGCCCCCCCUAGCGAGGCAUGUCUAUUCUUCUACACACCACACACCCCACCGCCACUCACCCCCCACCACAGCCACCACCACUCACCCCCCACCACCACCACGUGUUGUAGGCGGCCGCGGCGUGAGCGGCCUUCGAGACCCCCCCCAGAGGGAGAGAGGCGCGGGGCCGCUCAGGGCCAGCGAGGAAGUUGGCGGCGCAGGGCCGCACGCCGGGAGGGACCCUCGCCCACGAGGCCUCCGUGACCGAUGGCCUCCGCAAGCAUCGUCGGCGUCUUCUCCUACGAGAACCUUGUCCAUGCGCUGGCGGGGGCGUCGGGCAGUGUCACAGCAAUGACCGUGUUCUUUCCAUUGGACACGGCCAGACUUCGCCUGCAGGUUGACGAGAAGAGAAAAUCAAGGUCCACCCCAACUGUUCUGAAAGAGAUAGUGCAGGAGGAGGGUUUACAAGCCGUGUACCGGGGAUGGUUUCCUGUCAUCAGCAGUCUCUGCUGCUCAAACUUCGUUUACUUCUACACCUUCAACAGCCUCAAGACCUUGUGGCUUGACCAGAGAAACAAUUCCAGCCCAGGAAAGGAUAUGCUCAUGGGAUUCCUCUCUGGCGCUGUGAACGUGUUGCUGACGACACCCAUGUGGGUGGUGAACACCAGGUUAAAGCUGCAGGGAGCAAAAUUCCGCAACGAGCGCAUUGAGCAGACCAAUUACAAGGGAAUGUUUGAUGCCUUCAGGCAGAUAAUAGAGAAGGAGGGCGUGAGGGCCCUGUGGAACGGCACGCUGCCCUCCCUCGUCCUCGCCUUCAACCCUGCCAUCCAGUUCAUGGUUUACGAAGGCCUCAAGAGGCAAGCCGCCUCUGGCAAAAUCAAGCUGAAUGCAAUGGACAUCUUCAUCAUCGGAGCCAUCGCCAAGGCGAUCGCCACCACCGCAACGUUCCCGCUUCAGACGGUGCAGUCCAUACUCCGGUUUGGACAGUAUGAAAGUGGGAGCAGUUCGGGGGUGUUGGGAAGCCUGAAGAACAUCCUGCUUCUCAUCAGCCAGAGGGUCAGAAAGCAAGGUGUGGCCGGCCUCUACAAAGGAUUGGAAGCCAAGCUGCUGCAAACUGUGCUGACCGCAGCACUGAUGUUUGUCCUUUACGAAAAGAUUGCUGCCCUGACCUUCCGCAUCAUGGGCCUCAAUUCACAAGCCACACGCUGACAUUCCUUCGACCUGUGCCCUCCUCCUGUCGUCGUCAUCAUCAUCAUCACACACAUCGAGGGAAACAGCAGCAGCAUGUUAACUACCUCGCCUGGUAUACAGUGUUCGAUCCCAACCCUGGUGC